AUGCAGGAAACAUUGUUCUACUUCACAGUUGAACUCAUUCUCCCUUGCUUCAUGUCAGAUUCCAACACAACUGACUUCACCAACACCUCCACCUUCAUCCUGCAGGGCAUCCCUGGCCUGGAGACCGCCCAUACAUGGAUCUCCAUCCCCUUCUGCACCAUGUACAUCAUAGCCCUCCUGGGGAACAUCACCAUCCUGUUCAUUGUGAAAAGGGAGCUGAGCCUCCAUGAGCCCAUGUACUAUUUCCUCUGCAUGUUGGCAGUAGCUGAUCGUCCACUGCCCAAAAUGCUGAUCCUCUUCUGGUUCAAUUCCAGGGAGAUCAAUUUCAAUGCCUGCCUCACCCAGAUGUUCUUCAUUCACUGCUUUUUUUCAAUAGAGUCUGGGAUCUUAGUGGCCAUGGCGUUGGAUCGCUACGUGGCCAUCUGCCAUCCCCUGAGACACUCUACCAUCGUGACAAACCACAUGGUGUGCAAGAUUGGCCUGGCUGUCUUACUGCGCGGCAGCAUGAUUGUACUGCCCAUGGUCCUGCUUGCAAGGCAGUGGUCAUACUGCAGAACCAACAUGAUCCCCCAACCGUACUGUGUGCACGUCGCUGUGGUGGGGCUGGCAUGUGGUGAUACCCGAGCUAGUAGUCACUACGGACUCUUCUUGCUAUUCUGUGUCAUGGGUCUGGAUGCAAUUUUCAUUGUUGUGUCCUACACCCAGAUCCUCAGGGCCAUCUUCAACCUCCCCACAAACGACGUCCGGCUCAAGACCUUUGGGACUUGUGGCUCCCACCUCUGUUCCAUUAUACUGUUUUACAUCCCAAGCCUCCUCCUCUCCCUCACAUCCCGAUUUGACCAGAAGAUGCCUCAGCAUUUCCAUUCUCUCAUUAACAACCUGUAUUCCCUGAUGCCCCCCAUGCUAAACCCCAUCAUCUAUGGGGUGAGCACCAAACAGAUCCGGGACAGGCUGCUGCAUCUCUUCAUUCAUAAAGGCUCCUGA